AUUGUAUAUCUUGACAAUGCCCAAGGUGAUGGACCAAAAAUACCGACUGAUGCUAAUUUACCCAACGGUAUCCGACGGCAAACAGGUUGUGCUGAAGUACAACAAACUGGCCAUGAAUAAGGUGGAAACAUACGCCCUUCUUGGGAAUUGCGUAUCCAUCGGCAAUACAACUGUCUGCCGAGAAAAGGAUAGCUGUAUUCCAAGACUUCUUAAAGGAGGUCAAGCUGCAUGCGACUAUCUUAGGACAAACCAACAAACGGUGGAACUCAUCGAUGACGGCACAAUCUUCCUGACGAACUUCAAUGGCACAAUAUCCACUCCAACAAAAGAACACCACCUGGAAGGCUCUUACGUCGUACAAUUUGACAACGAAACGGUCACAAUCGGUGACCGGAAUUUCAGCAGUUAUUCGUCAACGCACUUGAUGGCAAUGCCAGCGGUCUUGACUCAAAUAACGACAACGGGUUACGAACUAUCACUGAAAUACGUGCAUGACUUCAGCGUGGAGAACCUAAAAAAAUUAUCAACUAUGUCUAAUAAAAUUUUAAUAUCCUUCUCCGCAGAAAUAAUUAUAACAGUAUCCAUCAUAAUAGCAAUCUACCUUGUUUGGAGGAAGAUAACAUCAACCAAAGGGAUCCCAAGGCUGCGACCCCCACCUGCGAACCUCGAACCGACAAAGGCUUAAGGAUCUGUGGGACACAGAUCUUGUGGUGGGGAGGAGUUAACACCGGCUAGCGCCCCCUUCCCUUCACCCCCUCUCAACAUCCACGAUACC